AUGCCAUUUGAACUUCCGCCACUAUACGUGAACCCUUCCUUUUCAUGGGGACCCCCUGCGACUGAGGUUUCUAUUGAUGGGCAGCCCUUCCAGCUGCACUUCAAAAAGACCCCUCUGCACGCCGUCGACUGGUUGCCUGGGUUUCAAAAGCACCUUGAGGAGUCUGCCAAUGUGAAGCCUGGUGCCGCCUUUCGUGACGUCAUCGAGAAAAAUGAGAGGAAGAAGUUCGACAAACCCGACAACAAGAACAGGAAGGCGACCAAUUACAACUAUUCCCAAUCGAAGCAGCGUCGUACCUAUGAACGUGGACGGAAAAUCGUGGAGCUUCCUAACACGGUUCCUAUUCUUGGUGAGACAGCAAUAUAUGCUGAAUUCCUGCAGCACGAAAUGCUUAAGUACGAACACCCUCCUCUACCCAAGGUUGAAGACCUUUUGUCUUGUGGUCACCCUUUUGUGAACGAUAACGCCAUUAACAGCGCUAGCUGUGCACGCCCGCGUCCUCUCGACGAAAGCGCCUAUUCGGCGGCUUACUUUGAGCGGCCCGACGUUUUGGAUCCACACAUGAAGCAGCUCAUUCAUGAGAACGCCGGUAAGGUCCCACUGUUUGUCACCACGGACGAGGUGCUUUCCUUGAUCAUGUCUUCUUAUUUCUCCAUCCACCCGUGGCAUGUGACCGUGUCGAGCCCCUCGCGUUCCCUUAAGUUAUUUGUGCUUGAAAAGGAUGUGGACAGCAAUGUGGAUCGGCAAUGGGUUAGCGAGACAGCCCCUAAGGAUGUGGCCCCAACGGAAGAUGACGACAUAAUCUCAGAGCGCAUUUCAUCUCUUGGGGAGGAAUCCACAAGAGUGCAUAACUGCUUCAUUAAGCAGUCUUGUCUGCGCUCCCGUGGCACGGUCAGGCUCAGCGACAGAGUAGUCAAGAGCACGUUCACCGAUGUUCAUCCUCGCUUCUAUCGUUACCGCCGCUUCAUGAUGAACGUAGACACACCAUCGAAGCGCUACGACAUCAUCGUUCGCUGCGAGGUCGAUGCUGUGGAGCGCGACAACAGCUUGGUUCGACUCUUCGGUUUGUUGGAGCAGUGUCGGCCAGGGUCGACAAGUGUUUGGCGCAAGGAGUUGGACUCGAACAAAGCUUCUGCCCUGCCCAUGUCGUACAGCACCAACAAGGCUAAGAUAACCCGCUGGAUCGCGCUAUCGCACCUUUCUAGUGUUAAUUUUAUGAAGAUUGGUCUUGUGGCCCGCACGGAAAAGGAUAAUCGUAUCGAUCCUGAGCAUCAUGAAAUUGUAUCCGUUCAAUCUGAGGUUCCCUUAGUAUUGGCCUCACAUCUGGGCGUGCGGGUGCAAUCAAUGUGGGCAGUGGUGGAUACUAUUAUGCAGAAAAUCAUGGAGGAUCGAACUAAUGAUGGGGAUAUGGUCCUGGUGAAACCAAGUGGUAGCUACAAGAUCCUUCUUGCUGAAAAACAGGAUGAUGACGACGAUGAUGAAGAGGAGGAGGAGGAGGAGGAGGAAGAGGAGCAGACAGAAGAAGAGGACGACUAG